AUUUUUAAAGCAAAGGCGUAGGUACUUGUUGAAAAGCCAAUCUUCCCAUGUUGAUAGUGAAAGAGAUAUUCCACAUAUGAAGAAUUUCGAUACCGAGAGUGAAGUUCCUAAAGAAGAAAGAUUCAAUAGUGGCUAUGAUGCUGCAGGAGAAACAGCUCGUCCCGCCUUCACCUCAAAGUUCAACUCGGGAUACGAAGUAGGAGAUGACGAAGCGCUAGCAGGUAGGGACGUGUUGAGGUUGGAGUUUCUGCCGAAGAAUUACCUGAUUGAUGACAGCGGAGUUGGAAAGAAGAAACUCUCUUGGCAUGGUGAAGUUACUUUUAAGGUUUAAAAUUCUGAUACAUCUUACUUUCAGGAGACUGAUCUUCAUAAGUUUGUGGAUAAGUCAGUCUUCAUCUCGUUGAAUACUGAUAUGUCGUUUCCUUUUUCCCCUGGGAGAAACAGUUCAACUUGGGAAUAAUUUAUAAUAUGAAUUUUGUUUUAAUAAUUUGCAGUACUUUAGUUUGAUGGUAGUGAUGCUUGUGUUUUCAACUGUCUACUAUCUGAUGUGGUACCUUUGCUUUAUAUGCAAGAGGUGGAUCCAGGAUUUUUAUUAAUAUAAUGAACCUCCUUUCCUGUUUCCUGUUCA